AUGAUUGUCCCUCGGGCUAAGUCUGAGUCAACCAAGUCCGAUCCUGCAUUGAAGGCACCUGCUGAAUGCCGAGAACACCAAACGUCAUUCUUGGAGCAACAAAUCAAACACCAAUCUGCCCAAUUGAUUGCUAUCCUGGAGCGUCAGGAGCGUCAAAUCGCUGCGGUGCAACUCCAGCUCACUUCCUCGGAGCAACAAAUCGCGUCCUCGGAACGCCCAUCUGCCCAAUUGAUUGCUAUCCUGGAGCGUCAAAUCACUGCGGUGCAACACCAGCUCACUGUCCUGGAGUGCCGUGUCAUCACCGGCCAAUCAUCCACCCACUGA